AUGACGUUCUUCCGCACUGUACGGCUCGUCGUCGACGACGCCGAGUAUGAUUUUCCUCUGCCUGAGGUCGGGAUGAGCGAGUACGAGAUUCCAAGGCCAGGGAAGGACGGAAAGAUCGCUCGUCCGCCCAACCAGUGGAUUGUGUGGCGCUCCGCUUUCAUGAAGGCCUGCGUAUCGUACGGAAAGAUGCUCCCCGGUGGUCUAUGCACCCAUGCUCAUAGGAUCUGGGACGGUCUCCCCAAAGAGGAGAAGCUGCCCUGGGCCCUCGAAGCGAAGCGCAUCGCGGACGAGCACAAGCGUCUCUAUCCCGACUACAAGUUUCACCCCAUCCACGACCCCGCCAAGCGCAAGGCUCGGGCCCAGCAGAAGAAAGUCGCCGCUGCCGCGCAGCGAUCGACAUCGCCCGAAGACGAGAGCGAGAUGUACACGCCCACGCCGGACGGGGCUUCCUCGCAGCGCAGUCGGAUGCCCUCACCAGCUCAAUACACUUCGCCUUCCGGCUCUCACGUUACGUAUGGGCCUGGCUCUUUGUCCUCUGCUUCCAUCUACGCCGGCGGGCCGGCCAUCAGGCUUCCCAGUCCCCAAGGAGCGCACGGCCAGCAGCCGCGGGGCGUCAAGCAAGAGGCAAACCCAUCGACGGCGCGGGCUAUGCCCAGCCUCGCGCUAUCGCCGCACUGGUACAACACCCAGGGCGAAAUCAGCCUGCCUCCCCUCCGCCUCGAUCCCAGCGACCGCCGCGGGGCCAGCCACAAUCUCCCAUCGCUGCCGUCCUUUCUGACCUCCCCGGCUACUACCAACCAGCAGAGCAGCGACGACGACGACGACGACGAGAACAUGGCGCCAGUCGCCAAGGUGCGCCGCACUGCGACCACCUUCGAGGACUCGCGCCGGACAGCCACAAACAUCUGGCCGGCCACCGCCGCCAAGUGGCCAGCACAGCGUCAGCCCCGCGAAGCAGCGGUCGCCUCAUGUCCCGCCUCCGGGCAGAAGCGCGGACGAUGCCCGUCGUGGACCGCUUUGAGCAACUACCGCUAUAACAGGCGCGUCAGCCUCUGCGACAAGUAG